AUGACCAAGGUUUUUGCUCCCACUCCACGUGGCUUGUUACCAACAACCUACUCUCCAAAUCACCUCUCUAAGCUCUACUGUAUAGUAGUCACCCCUAACAAUGGACGCAAACAGCUCCCACACAGUCGGAAGAAGAAAUAUUUGAAACAUAAGGUCUGGAAGAAAGUUCAGAGAAGUGUUAGCAAAGUCGAUAGCUUAUGCCAACUUACUUAUGAGUAA